AUGCUGGGUGCUCAGGAGAAACGCGCUGCUGAGAAGAAAGAAUCCGAGGCAACGAAAGUUGUUGUUGUCCAAGCUGAUGAUCUGUUGACCUUCUGCCAGUUUUCCAAGAAGACGGCGGACGAUGCCAUCGAUUAUGACGAGGAUGUCAGCAGGGCCACUGGCUCUGGUGAAGUACAGGAGGACUUUACGUCGAACCUUAGUCGUAGUAUCUCGCAGCUCACUGGUUUCUCGGACCCCAUCUAUGCGGAAGCCUAUAAGGUUGGCGGGAACUCCACGGUAGGUUUUGCAUUUGCAUCUGUGCCGUUGCCAGUCUAG